AUGAGUAGAAACACUCGUUCCAAGUUUUCUCAAAAAAUUCUAAAAAAUAUUGAAAAAACAUAUCAUUCUACUACCGACAAAGAAGACAUAUAUAGAACUUUCGCUCCUAACGUUAAUAAUAACAGAAAUAGAAAAAUGUCGAAUAUAACCACAACUAACAACAAAAAUAGUCAUAAGACAGCCGAGCCUGCUUUGACUUCACAUUCUCAAACUUCCUCCUCCGUGGAGCAAGUCCCUGGGAAUAAUUCUUUAAUAACACGUGACUCCACUCCCCAUUUACCAAAUGCACCAAUCGUUGAAACGGUUGAUGAAAUGGAAAUAGAAGUUACCAAUAAUAAUGAAACACAACAACUUUCAGAAGGAUCUACAUCCAUUAAUGGCAAUCCACCACCAAUGGAGGAAAUUCCCAUGAUCGACAACAUAUUUUCAGCCUCAAAUACACAAACACAAACUUCUUUUGAAGGGUUUAUCCCACGAGAUAGUUUUCCACCAAAACUUACAGACAAAGAAAUUUUACAAAAACUCAAUACCAUCUUUAUCGGAGACAAAGAAUUUAUCAAAGUCAGAUCUCUUAAAAAGAUGACGUUCAAAUUUUACAUGAUAUCUGUGUCGACUAAGGAGAAAUUGUCACACCUUAUCAAAACAUCACCUCCAACCCUUCCUAACGUUAAAAUUUAUGAAUAUACACAACACAAUAUAGAUACCCUAAUUGAACGAAAACUUCAAUUACAAGAUGACACCAUCAUCAAAAUAUUAGAUAUCCCUGUCAAUUACGAUGUCACGUUAUUAAUAAAACAAAUAACUGAUGCAACGGGAAAACGAAUCACAACUUACAAAGAAACCAAGAAACCACCUCAAAGAAUCCAAAACCGCAACAAAAAUGAUAAACCAAUUUUUAUCAAACCAAUUUAUAAACAAUUAAUAAUCAGCUUUGAGGACAAAGCUGCGGCAGAUUACUUGUUAGAACAAGACUGGUGCUUAGCCAUUGAGGACUCAGUAGCCAGAAUCUUACCAGGCAAUCCAAAACAUCCGAUAUACACACAACGAACGUCAGCUUUCUAUAAAAUCACUGGUCUACCUUUAAACACGAACGCAAAAGAUUUAAGCCCUUUAGUUGAACAUCUAAAGGGACGUACGUGUACAUUUACCCAAACCUCACGCUCAUCAUUUUUCAAAAACGCAUUCAUAUAUGUUCACCCGAAUGACGUUAAAAAGGAUUAUACCACAAUUACGGGUACAAAAUUUGGACAACAUACAAUUUUCAUCUUCCCCCAUACCAAUACCAAAAAAACUUGCAAUGCAUGUGGAAAUCAUACACACGAAUAUAAAAAUUGCACUAGUACCGAUUUCACCCUAGACAAAAAUGAACGUAAAAUUUUCAAAAGACGUUUCAUCACACGUAACAAAGAACGUAUUCUUAUCAACGAAACAACCAGACAAAAUUAUAAUCACGUCAUAAGACUCUCCAAAGACAAUCCUGGUAAUUCAACUGUACAAUCUCGCCCUCAACUGACCACACGAGGCAAACAAAAACAAACUUAUAACAACACUCCGAGUCACCCGGAUAGGACGCAUCAGAAGUCUACGUCGUCCUGGUCCCAACAACAACUCCCUCAAGAAAUCUUAGACAAAAUUGCGCAUAUGGAACAACAAAUUACUACCUUAACAAAUCACGUUAGCGUAUUACAAGGUUCCCACCAAACAUUCACGGAACAAUACUCUUCACAUCAUCAACAAUUAACCACAAUUGACACUAACAUAGCGUUGCUUACACAUAGACAAGAUAGUCUUGAAAAUCAACAUAAAACCUUAAUGACCCAGAUGCAAACGCUCAUUAACACUCUACAAGCAUCACAAACGCCAUCCUCCCGACAACAACCAGCCAGAAAAGCUAAACGUACUAAUACCCCAUAUGAAAAAACACCUUUGAAGGAUGUGAAAAAACGGUUUAUCCAACCAUCCUCUGAAUCGGUUAUGACUGACAGUGAUGCACUCCCACUUUCAGACGAAUAUUACACUGAAUCUGGAGAUGUCUCCGAUACGGGUACCAUUGAAAAUACAUAUGAAGCGGCUGAACAAGAAAUUUCAGGACAAUCAAGCUUCAUCCUUAACCCAUUUAAUUGGGGCAAUAAACCCCAGGUUUAA